AUGCUGGUAUCGUCCGAGCUGGAGCCGCAAAUCGCCAUCCCGAUUGCCCUACAGAUUCUGUCCGACAAUGCAGCACUAUCCUCUGCGUUUGUUGUUGGACCGGGUUCAGCUCUCGCACCUUACUUCUGUACAUCGACUCCCCGCGACGGAAAGGCUGGAGGUACCUUUAUGCCAUGGCCACUUCUUUAUCAACCAUAUCUCGCAGACAGGAGACCUUUGCCCGAUUGGAUUCGCUACGAGGCACUCUCCUUCACCCUCAAUGGACUUGCGCCCUCGACAGACCUUCUUCAAGUAGAAGUGCUGAUCAUGGCAACCGAUGUCGCGGGCUACUCAACUAAUGCUGCCGACUCGUUUUGGAUCACUAUUGCCCCUGGCGACUGUGAUUCAAGAAACGCAACUGCUGGGGUAUCAACCAAUGUCACCGUUGGUGAAUAUAUCGAUGUUCGAGUUUCAGAGGAACUACUGGGACAGGUCGCUCUCGCGGGUGGCACGGCAACUCCCUUAGGCGUUGAUAUUGGGCCUUCUGAUGGCGUGACAUUCAACCAGAUGUCCCGCAGACUCACUGGCCCAAUCAUGAGCGACAGCGCAUUCGAUAUCCCAAUCAACAUCGCCAGCGGACGAAACACGACGCUAAAUACCGUGCUUCAUCUUCUCCCUGUCCCGUCGCUCUUUAUGACUUCGAACCAGUCGCUGUCCCCAAUUAUCACUGCGAGUUCCAAUACAGAUGCUGAAUGGAGCGUCCCCCUUAAGUCGUUCCUCAGCGAAAGCGGCGUAACGCAGAUGUCAAACCGCCAAGUGAGCCUCUCUGCUCGACUCGAUCGGCCCUCGAAUGCGUCUUUGCAUCUCGAUCAAGAGUUAUUCGAUCUGCUCAUUCGUCAUGUUGGCUCGGAUAAGAGCGGACGAAGUAUGUCAAUACAGCUCCUCGGUCUCGCGGCUCGAAACGUCAAUCCUCAGACUUUGUUACUCAGUAAUGCAACUGCGAAGCUACCACCAAUCGGUAUCGUCGUAGCCGCUUUCUCGUCUGUUUCUACUACCAACUCGACUCUGCCUCGAGGUCAACCCCACCAUUCAUACCGGCUGCCAAAUGCCCGAUGA